AUGGUCAAGCGCGAGCGCUCUGAGUCCGUUACCCCUCCCCGUUCGCCGAGCCCCGAACCCGCCCCUCCCAAGAAGUCGCGCGCUAUCAACACGGCCAAAGGACUGGGCGUGAGCAAGCAGUCGGUCGGCGACCAGCUCGUCAAAAAUCGCAACAAUCUGCGUAAACUCGCGAUCGAUCUCGUGCGCGCAAAGAAGGGCGGCGGCGGAGCAUGA